AUAAAAUGCUAUUGUGGAUUCUUGUUCACGUGUCCCCAUCAGUAGAAUCUCUCUUACUUUUCUCUACCUCGAUUUCAAUUCCAUCUCAAUCAUCCUCGUCAACCUCUUUCGUCCCAAAGGGGUCACGACCGACCCCUUCAUCAAAUUGUAAAUUAUUUGUUUUCCUUGAAAGCGAAGCAAGAACCUUCUCCCUCCUUUGCUCCGGUUCUUCUUUUUCACCAUUGUCGGCCUUGGUUUUUUUCAUGAUGCAUAACAAUUGACGAGAUCAAGCUAUAGCCAUGGAGCCUUUCGGAAAGUUGCGGGUAGAUCUUUCCCCGUGGGAGCUCCGGGAGACAGCCUAUGAGAUCCUCAUCGGAGCAUGCCGGAGCUCCGGCUCCACGAAACGGCUCAAGUACGUCUCUAAUUCGACAAAUUCAAGGGAGAGAUCGUCUCAGCUAUCCUCGUCGCCGUCGAUGCACAGUGCUCUGUCGUCAUGCGAGAGCAAACUGAAGAAAGCGCUGGGUUUGAAGCCGAAGAAUAAGAAGAGCGAAGAGGAGGAGGAGCCCGGGAGCGAGGGUCAGGGGAAUUCCGGGAGAAGGAGGAUUGGUGUUAUAGGUGGGGAGCUCAUGAGGGUUCAGAUGAGGAUUUCCGAGCAGACCGAUUCUAGGGUACGGCGUGGAUUGUUGAGAGUUGCUGCGGGUCAGCUUGGAAGACGUAUUGAGUCUAUAGUUCUGCCGUUGGAGCUAUUGCAACAGUUGAGGUCUUCAGAUUUUAAUAAUCAGAAAGAAUAUGAGGCAUGGCAGAAAAGAAACUUGAAGGUCCUUGAAGCUGGGCUUCUUGUUCACCCGUACCUGCCACCUGAUAAGUCAGACACGGCACCUGAACGCCUUCGACAGCUCUUAUACACCGCUUCAGAGAAACCCUUUGACACAGGAAAGCACAGUGAAUCAAUGAAUGUUCUCCGCAAUCUUGUAACUUCUAUUACGUACAGGUCAUUUGAUGGUUUUGUUGCUGAUAUGUGCCACUGGGCGGAUGGGGUUCCUCUAAAUCUCCAUCUUUAUAGGAUACUUUUAGAAGCUUGCUUUGAUGUAAAUGAUGAAACGUCAAUUAUUGAAGAAGUAGAUGAGGUAUUAGAUCAAAUAAAGAAGACUUGGGGAGUCUUUGGAAUAGACCAGGUGUUCCAUAAUCUUUGUUUUCUGUGGGUUUUGUUCCACAAGUACAUUACUACUGGUGAAAUUGAAGGUGACCUUCUUGUUGCUGCUGAUCAUAUGAUGGUGGAAGUUGAAAAGGAUGCAAGCUCAACUCGUGAUGUAGAGUACUCGAAGAUAUUAGCUUCUAUUUUGCAUGUGAUGUUAGAUUGGGCCGAAGGAAAGCUUCAAAGGUACCAUGAUAUCUUUUAUAGGGAUAACAUCAGUGUUAUGAAAAGUGUUUUGUCACUUGCGGUAUCAGCAGCCAAAAUACUGGACAUGUCCCACAAAUAUGUUGCUGAGUUAACAUUAUUCCUAACCCUUCUUUUAUCGGAUUUCCAUACACCGUGGAAGCUGAACGGACAGCUCCAUAGGCUAUGCUUUCUUUUGGUUAGACAGGAAAGAGAGAAGCUCUUCUCCAAAAAGAAGUUUUCUAAGAAUCGGCAGAGCUCUCUCCCUCUCCUUUCCAUCCUUGCCCAGAAUAUUUGUGAUCUCGUAUUCAAUGAGAAGGAAAUAUAUAGCCCUGUACUGAAAAUUUGGAACCCUCUUGCCACAGCCAUAGCUGUUGCUACUCUUCAUGCUUGCUUUGCAGAAGAGCUUAAGCAAUUUGUGUCGGGUGUGAGUGAACUAAAUCCCGAGGCUAUACAAGUGCUGUUAGCUGCCGAAAAACUUGAAAAAGAUCUUGUAGAAAUGGCAGUUGCAGAUUCACUGGACAGUGAAGAUGGUGGAAAGGCAACAAUUCAGGAGAUGAUUCCUUAUGAAGCUCAGACUGUUAUAAGAAACUUUGUGAAAUCAUGGAUACAGACAAGGGUUGAUAGACUUGAGGAUUGGGUUAACAGAAGUUUGCAACAAGAGGUAGAGAUGCAAAAGAAUAGAAUAUGUUGUCAGCCUGCUACAUUCAGUCCUGGAGUAAUACUGUUCCUAUCAUUGUUGCUCUCUUAUGCUGUGGAUUGGAACCCUGAAGUUAACAAAGGACGUUUUGCAGCCUCAGCUGUGGAAGUUCUACGCAUCUUAAACGAGACUUUGGAAGCAUUCUUUCUGUUGCCCAUACCAAUGCAUCCAGUUUUGCUUCCAGAACUGAUGGGUGGUCUAGACACAUGCCUCAAGAACUAUAUCACAAAGGCGAUUUCUGGCUGUGGAUCACGAGUCGCAUAUAUUCCGGCACUGCCCCCUCUCACCAGAUGUACCGUUGGUUCAAAGUUGAGCGCCUUUAAGCGGAAAGACCGUUUACUCACUAGCCCGAGCAGGAACAAAUCCCUAUCCGCUAUCAGAAACGGGGACGACCCCUUGUCCCUACCACGACUCUGCCUCCGCAUCAACACUUUAUACAACAUCCGCAAAGAGACGGAGGCCAUUGAAAAAAAGACAAUCUCCAAUCUCAAAAAGAGUGGAUAUGCCGAUGACGAAAAGUCCGCAAACAAAAUAUUAGGUCUCUCCGUAGCUUUGUCCCUGGAAGGCGUCCGCCAGCUGUCGGAGGCAACUGCGUACAGAGCCGUGUUCCACGACCUGAGGCACGUCCUCGGCGACCAUCUCUACGUAGGUGGGAUUUCUUCCUCACAGAGAAUCGAGCCUUUCCUGGAUGAGCUGGAGAGGAAACUAGAAGUGGUAUCGGUUAUGGUUCACGACAGAGUCAGAACGCGCGUCAUCACUGACAUCAUGAAAGCUUCGUUUGAGGGUUUCAUGCUAGUGCUGCUUGCUGGUGGGCCUGCUCGUGCUUUCUCCACGCAGGAUGCAGCAGUGAUUGAGGAGGAUUUCAAGUUGCUGUCGAGUCUUUUCUGGUCGAAUGGGGAUGGCCUUCCGGUCGACAUAAUUGAAAAGUUGUCUCCGACAGUGUUCGGAGUUAUUUCCCUUCUGCAAACUGGUACGGAUAGGCUGGUAGAGCAGUUGAAACAGAUGAUGAUGACUGGUGCUGGCAACAACACGAGGCUGCCGUUGCCACCGACGACGGGGCAGUGGGGUCCCGCGGACCCGAACACGAUCCUGCGUGUUCUAUGUAACCGCAAUGACAAGACUGCAUCACAGUUUCUGAAGAAAGCCUAUGGCUUGCCGAAGAAUACGUGAGUGUGAGUUGACACACUUUGUAGAGCAUUGGUGAUUGUACUAUGACUGGAUGUUGAUAGUUGGGGAGGAAGCAUGUGGAGAUGGUAAAAUGCCAGCCUUUGCCUUGGCUGCUGGAUCAUUGAUUUGCCUUUGGAGCUUUAUAUAGUUACGCGUAUAUCACAAGCACGAUCUGUACUGAUCAUUUUUAUUUGAUUUGUUGACUGUUCUUGUUUGGGUGAGUCAAGUAUGCUAAUUGUGAUUGUGAGGUUGCUCUAUUCGUAUAAUGUAAUCAUAUGUUGUAUAGAUUGUUAAUUUUUUUGAAUUGAAAUUGUAUGGUUUGGUCGCAACUUGCUGCGUAUACUAUCACUAUGUCCCAAUUUGGUUGC